UGAGCUUAUCUUUUGUAAUAACAAUUAAAAAAACUCCUCUCUCGAUCUCCUACACAUUUCACUCUAAUAAAAUAUAUCAAACAGCUUUCUCUCUCUAAUCCAAGGCUUCCAAGCAGUGCAGGUUGACAUCGCCGCCCACCUCGCCGUCGCCGCCCAGUCUAAAUCCGCCGGCCACCUCCACGCCGUUCUCACCAGCCCAGCUACCUGCUCCAAGGAGUCAGUGGUGAGGUACACCAGGAACGUGAAUGUGUUGGGGGUAAUGCCAUUAUUGUAGAAGCAAAUAACGAAGACUCAAAUUUGUUAUGUAGAGAUGACGUGGAACCUAUCCCAAUAGCUGUUGACGAAGUAUAUGUGCAACUUGAUGAAAACAUGUUCAUUGACGAUAACUUGUAUAAUGAGGAACAUGAUACAAACUCCGAUGAAGAAGAAGAGUUGUCUAGUAAUGAAAACACAGACUCUGAACACGAAGAGGAGUUUUCGAGCGACACUGAUACAAACUCUGAUGAUGAUAUGUGUUGAAUAUAUUUCAUUUUGGUAAAUGGUGGCACGAAAAAGGAGAGCAAGGGGAGGCCCAGGCCAGGGCUGGGGCCAAGCUCAUGUUAAUCAUCAUGGCUCACAAUCUCCCAUUGAGGAAAGUUAAGAUAUGGGUACAGACUCACCAAUGACUAAUGCAGUGCAUUCAGCGGCUCAGUCAAGUUCACAGGGAUCUAUCCCAACUGCAUCAUGGAGCACAUUAAUUGGACGGAAAAAAAGGGGUAGGAAUAAGUGCAUAGAGUUUAUGGAAUUGUGUAAAAGUGGUCCCAUUCAUCUAGAAAUCAAGGAUGGGACUCAGGUAGCUGUAGGCAAGCGUGGUGGGCAAUUUACGAGGAUGGUGAGCAAAAUUGUUCGCGACCAUUGCGAGCUACAUCAUGCUUCUUGGUGCAAGGUCCCACCUGAACAAAAGGCAAUGUUAAGAAACCGUCUUACGUCUUAUGUCACCCUGAACAUGAAUCGUGUGGAGGAGAUCUUGACACUUAAUGGAGCACUUCGGCGUAGCUAUACAAGACUUCGCAACAAACUUUACAACAAACACUAUAAACCAUUUCUCAAAGAUGAUGAAGAGGAGGGCAAUGAGGAGGGCAAUGAGCAAGGUAAUGAGCAAGGUGAUGAUGAGGGUAAAGCUAAGGCAAGGGCCACUGUCCCUGAAGGUAUUGCGGUCAACGCAUGGCUUAUGAUAUGCGACUCAUUUGAUGAGAAAUUAUUGAAGGUUAAGUCUAGACGGAAUAAGAAGAAUAGACGUGGAUUGUUAACAAAUCACACGGCUGGCUCCAAACCAUUCAUAAGUCAUCACAAUGAAGAAACAAAGAAAACUGGAGUCGAGCCCCGUUGGGUAGAGUUUUUUAAGAAGACUCACACAAAGAAAAGUGGUUCUUUUGUGAACCCAUAUUGUGAGACUUUAUACAAUCAAAUGAAGGAUUUAACAGCUGAAGAAGGCAUUGACAAUACAGAGGAAGCUUCCAUAAUGACACAAGUACUAGGGGGCCCCCGAUCUGGCCAUGUUAAAGGCAUGGGGUAUGGUGUCAUACCUACCCCAUCCUCAUCUCGGUUGCGUAAUGUGAUCCAUGUGGACAACCAUGAAGAGUGUAACCAAAAAAUGGAGGCGAUGCAGGAGAAGAUAGAUAUGCUAAUGGCAAUUGUGAUGCCUGGACGAAGCGUGGAAGAUGAUUCAAGCUAGGGCAACCUCUCUUAACAUAGAUCAACUGAAGGUGUUUAUUGGAUUGAUGGUGAUAGUGGGCUUUUGCAUGGUCGCCUAACUAUGUUAAAAUAUGAGCUGUUGCAAUGGGAAAUAUUGGGAAUGAGACACUUGAGUUUGUGAUAAAAAAAAAAAACAAAACUCAUUAACACCUUUUGUAGUAGUUUGUUUUUUGUUUGUCUUUUUGUAUGUCUUUCCCCCUACUAUUAAGCUCAUGUAGUUGUAAAUUUUUUGUAUUUUAUUUAAUUACGAAGCUUCUUAUA